AUGGCGUCAGCCACCUACAUCCCAGCGCUGCUGAGGCUUCUGCACAGCGCCGGCGAGCGCCAGGCGGUGCAGGCUGCCAGGACCCUGGUUAACCUAUGUUGUGAAAGCGAUGACCACCUGGCAGCCAUCGUAGCGGCCGGCGGCAUUCCAGCGCUGGCUCACUGUAUCACCAGUAGCGAUGCUAGCAAUGAUUUGCUGGAGGCCGCAGCUAUGCUUCUGCGCAACAUUUCUGUUGACAGCCCUGGGAACGCCGCAGCCAUUGCAGCGGCCGGCGCCAUAUCUCCAUUGGUGCAGUGCCUGUGCAGCAGCCGCAGCGAGACUGUGCAGGUUGAGACAGCCACGGCGCUCACCGCCCUCGCUGCCGUCAGCCCCGACUGCAGAGUGGCCAUUGCAGCUUCCGGCGGCAUCCCAGCCUUGGUGCAGCACCUGCGCAGCAGCAGCGGUAGCAGCGAGAGGAUGCAGAGGCAAGCAAUGUUGGCACUUGCGAACCUCAUAGCAGAUCCUGGCAACCGGGCAUCCAUCGUGGCGGCCGGCGUCAUUCCAGCGCUGGUUCAGCUCAUCAGCAGUAUCGGUGCUAGCGAUGAUUUGCUGGAGGCCGCAUCCUUGCUGCUGCGCAACCUUUCUGUUGACAGCCCUGGCAACGCCGCAGCCAUUGCAGCGGCCGGCGCCAUAUCUCCAUUGGUGCAGUGCGUGAGCAGCUGCAGCGAGGCGGUGCAGGGUCAAGCAGCCGCAGCGCUCAGCGGCCUCGCUGUCGACAGCUCUGACCGCAGAAUGGCCAUCGUAGCUGCCGGCGGCAUCCCUCUGCUGGUGCAGCUCCUGCGCAACAGCAGCAGCAACAGCAACAGCGAGCUCGUGCAGCUGCAGGCAGCUCGUGUGACUGGCGUUCUCAUGCAAGGCUCCGAGAUCCGGGAGGCCUUUGUAGCAGCUGGCGCCAUCCCUCUGCUGGUGCAGCUCCUGCGAAGCAGCAGCAGCCAACAGGUGCAGAUAGCAGCAAGCUUUGCACUUCGCUGCCUCUCUGUGGACAGCCCUGGCAACAAGGCAGCCAUUGGUGCGGCCGGCGCGAUCCCUCUGCUGGUGCAGCUCCUUCGCAACACUGCCAGCGAGGAGUUGCAGAUUGUAGCAGCCCAAGCGCUUGGCUGCCUCUCUGUGGACAGCCCUGGCAACCAGGCAGCAAUCGGAGCGGCUGGCGCCAUCCCUGUGCUGGUGCAGCUCCUGCGCAGCAGCGCCGGCGAGGAGGUGUAG